ACACCAGGCCUCCUGGUGUCCAACUGGUUCCAACUGGUUUCUAACUGGAUCUAACUGGUUUCUAACUGGUGUGUUUCAGAUGCUGGGAACUCUCACUGCUGUUCCCAUCAAGGUGCCUCAAGUCAGCUCCCUGCACCGGCUGGCAGGACAAGCAGCCACCGUGCUACCUCAGGUCAGGCCAAAGACCCAGAUCCCCGACAGCCUUCCCCUCAGUCCCUGCCAGGAGCUGCAGCCUGUCGGCCUGCAGAGGGCGGCGGUGGUCAGUCCUAAAGGCCCGACGCUGCCCACCGCCAACAGCACCUUCAGCCCCGACCGCCAGCCCAACGGACAGAGUGACGCCUCGCCGCCUCCAUCAGGGGGUCCGGACUUGGGAAGCUCCACCCAGCACGCCUCAGCCGGACCCGGCGUCGCGUACGCCAUCAUCGCUGCCUCGCCGGCUGCCGGAAACGGAGUUUCAGCCGUCAGUGAAGCCGUGAAGGUGAUCAUCAUCCAGCCUCAGACUCCCAGCAGCACCGAGGGGCCUCCAGGGGCCGACGUCCCGCCACAGGAGGCCCCGAAGAAGGACGAGGACCCCGAGAAAAUCGCCUUCAUGGUGGCCCUCGGCCUCGUCACCACAGAACACCUGGAGGAGAUCCAGACCAAGCGGCAGGAGAGGAAGAGGAGAAGCACAGCGAACCCGGCCUACAGCGGCCUGUUUGAGCCCGAGCGGAAACGUCUGGCGUCACAUUACCUGAACAGCUCCCUGUUCCUGUCGGCCCGAGACUCUGAGGACUUCUGCUGGAAGGAGGACUUGGAGCAUGACGACCACUGUGCCAUCUGUAAGGAGGAUGGUGAGCUGCAGCUUUGCCACAACUGCCCCCGAGCCUUCCACCCCAACUGCCUCCACCCGCCACUGAAACCCCCCCCCAGAGGCCCCUGGUACUGUCCCAAGUGCCAGAAGAAGGUUCUGAACAAAGAAAACAUGUCGUGGCCUCAGAACUUCGUCCAGUCAUACGUCACACACAAGACGGUGCGGCAGGAGGAGAAGCGGCGGCUGCUGAGGAGAAACACUGAGCUGAAGAAGGAAUGUGCUCAUCUGGAGGAACAAGACAAGAAGCUGAACCAGACGCUGCAGCAGUGCGUGGACCUGCGGGAGCGUCUCUUGGGGCAGCAGAGGGACACUCAGGCGUCGCUCGACCGCCUCAAAGCGCUCAUCAGGCUGAUCCAGCGCGAGCAGCUCAUCCAGGUCACCAUGACGACCACCGCCACCAUCGCCGCCUCGCUGCUGUCCCAGUCCUGGAUCAAACCCACCAGCACCGCCACCGCCGCCGCCGCCGGCCCCUCGGCCACGCCCCUGCAGACCAGCCACAGCCAGGAUGACAUCAACAACUAGCCCCGCCCCCUGAGUCCGGGUCGAGGGCGGCCAUGACGGUUUCCUCUGAAUAAUAUCCGACAUGUUUUCUGCGACACAAACUGACAAGAGCCUCCUCCACUCGAUUCAAGUAUUUUUUAAACCCGACACCUACAGUGCUUACGAGAUUUCUUUUUUUAAGUUCUUUUCUAUUUAUUCUUGGCCUUAAUGUAUUUAUUACGAAAAGUUAGAGUACAGCGCCGCCGCAGAACUGUUCUGCUCGGCCCAAAAGAUAUUUCCCUUUUUUAAACACAGGAGUACUUAUUGUUCUGCAUAUAGUGAGAGAGAACAGUAGAGUAGUGGUAGCGAGAACACGGACGAGUGUACAGCGAUUAUCGUAGAUGUUUGUUCUCAUUCUCCUAUGAACAAUGUUUUUGCCAUAAGAAUUCAGGAAGCUGUUUUCAUCGUGUAUGUAAACGCAUACGAGCCUUCAAACAAAACAGAGAAUAACGUUUUUCAGUAUUAAUAGAGUUAAAGUCAAAGAAAAAAGUAUUUAAGAUAAAACUACAGAAAUUAGCAUUUCUAGUGGAGAUUUUAGUAUUUUCAUGCUGAUGCCUGUUGAUAAAUGUGAGUCUGGAGUAUUCAAGGGGAUCACUGUACAUAACUUGUAUUAUUAUGAUUAUUCUUAUCAUCAUCGCAGGUUUCUUCGGUUUUCAAACUUUACUGGAGUCACACAUCCGAAGCCGAGUUUCUGUUCAGUCCAACUGCUGCUUUUCUGCUGCAGAACAAGAAAACGACUGCAGCUCCAGUUAAACCAGAACAUAUCAGAGUGUAGCUCCACCACACGGGCUGGUAGACGGUACCGGCCCAUUCUGGGUCUGUACUGACAAAACAACAGCACGAGUCCCAAACACGACAGCAGUUCU